GAAAUGCCGGAUUGUGCCUUUAAAAGUUCCUAGUUGGGUUACCAUAGAAACGAGAGGGGAGGAAGUGGAGGUCCUAGAAACUCUGAAAACUUAGGAGAGGAAGAUUGUGUAUAGGUUAACUCAGAAACUCCGAUCCAUGGACUCCAGGAGCGACCUUGAGGAGCAGUACGCACAGAGUUGGCCUGUGGGGGCGGCCGGUGCGAUGACAGGAGGUUUACGUGACAGGACCGCGGCCCUGUUUGAUCUACGGGAGAAACGCCGGGAGGAGCAAGAGUUUAACGCGAAGAAGGAGAAGCGCGCACAGGUGUUGGAGAGUUUGAAACAACGCACAGAUGAGCUGCACGAGAAGAUUAAAGAAGUGGAGGAGUUAUACUCCGGCUUUGACAUGUUUCUCAAGGAUGAAGACGCUGAUCGAGCUGCUCAGAAAGCAGAGAGGGAGAGGAAAGACGGGCCUCAAAAAGAGGCAGAGAUUAGGAGGCUGAAGGAGAAGUAUGUGGAACUGAUGGAGAGGAAACAGGAGCUACAGCGUCAGGUGCAGAGACAGACUCUGUAUCAGGACUUCAUGGAGUGGGUGGUCAAAAUGACUAAGUUUGACGAUGUGCGGCUGCUCAUGGGUCAUUUAGAGAGUCUUCUCCACUUUAGAGCCCAGCUCUGUCAGAGGGAGAGUGAGGCACAGGAGCAGGCUGACCAGCAGAGAAAAGCAAUUCUGACCCUGGAGGACCAGCAUCACUUAAUGCGGCUGCACAAGAACAACCAGCUGUCCCAACUGCAGACCGAGCUAGAGAGGACACGCUCUGAAGCUCUAACAUGGGAAAGGAAGUGGAACCACGUUCAGGAAACAGCAGCAAAGAAAACACUCCUCCUGGGUCAGAUUAAGAUGGCGACGCUCAACCUCUACGGAAUGACAGAAGACGAGGUAGAAGGAGAGGAAGGUGUGGAUGUGAACGACACAGACAAACAGCUGGACAAGGUCAAGAUGUUCAUCCAGGACCACGAUGACAUCCUGAAACAGCUUCAAACUCCCUCGCACAGACACGACGAUGGACGGAAGAGAAAAGAACAGAAAAGAGGAAAGACCAAAAAGAGCAUCGCUACCCACUGCAAAAAAGAUUAAGUUUCCAUGCUGCUUUAAAACUGAAUUCACUAAACUUGUUUUAAUGUAAAACUCAACAAUCGACAUCUGAUUAAUCAUCUUGACAAGGAUUCCUAAUUGGAUCUACUUUGGAAUUACUGUAUGUUUACUCUGAAGAAGGAGCAGCGUAGGAUGUAAAAUUAGCAGCAGCAGUCCUGUUCCAGAAUAAUGUGAUUAUGGUUUGAAUUGUUUUUAUUUUAAUUUUGGAAAAUGUACUGUAGUCAAACUGCAGAAAGGAUUUCUAGAGAGUUAAACAUAAGUAUAGUGCAUGCUGGGAAGUCUGCUAAUAACCUACCAAUGUUUCUUGAUUUAAUCUCAAAAUAUAUGCCAUGUCAAACACUGCAGCAAAUAAAUAUUAAUUGAAAAUUACUUAUUUUAAUUGUGGAACAUAUCUAUGGAUAAAGAUAUAUUAAUAAACUUA